CUAAUUCGGUGUUAUUAUAGUAACAGUAACUAAAAUUCAACAUGGACAUCACUAUUACAAGACAUUUUAGUCUGGACGAAUCGUCAAUGCGCAGUGGGGCGAUAGCGGCGAUGGAGGCGGAGCCUGACCUCAGCACCUUCGAGAACAAGUCGGGCUUGGCCGAGGACAUGAAGUUCCUCGCGUCCAUGCCCGAGCUCUGUGACGUCACCUUCCUGGUGGGGGACACCAGGGAGCCAGUGUGCGCUGUCAAGGCCGUACUGGCUGCCCGGAGCAGGGUAUUCCAAAAGAUGCUUUACCAGGCUCCCAGCCCCCAAAGGAAGAAGGAACCGGCACCCCGAGAGAACAAACUGAGAUUGUUCCUCAAACGCUCCUCCGAACCCCUCCUGAACCUGCAAAACGCCGCCCAACAGAGAUCAACUUUCGCGCAGCAAUUGGCCCCAAUUCAAGAGCCAUCGUCUCAGCAGCAUCAGACCCUGAUUAUCGAGGAGUUUGAGCCCGAUGUUUUUAGGCAGCUCAUCGAGUACAUCCAUACUGGCUGCGUCACUCUUCAACCGCGUACAUUAUUAGGAGUAAUGAACGCAGCAGACUACUACGGGCUGGAUGAGCUGCGGCGCGCGUGCGCUGGCUUCGUGCAGUGCUGCAUCACAGUGGAUACCGUCUGUGCGCUGCUGGCCUCAGCCGAGCGGUACAUACAGUACAAGUGCACCAAGUCUCUGGUGCAGAAGGUACUAGAGUUCGUGGAUGAGCAUGGCAACGAAGUCCUGAACCUCGGAUCGUUCACGUUGCUGCCGCAGCACGUCGUGAGGCUAAUUCUAGCUCGGGAUGAGCUGCGAGCUGACGAGUUCACUAAAUUCCAGGCCGCCCUGAUGUGGAGCAAGAAGUAUUGCGACACCAACCAAAACAUGUCGCUUAAGGACGUCAUUGGGAAUUUCCUGGAAUACAUCCAGUUCCACAAGAUUCCAGCCAAUGUCCUGAUGAGGGAGGUCCACCCACUGGGCUUGGUGCCGUACUCCAUCAUCAUGAACGCUUUGGCUUACCAGGCAGACCCGGCCAGCGUAGACCCUGGCAAGCUCUCUCCAGCUCGGGUGCGCCGCGCCGGUCGCUCCAUGUCCGUUCAGUCUUCGCUCGACCCCUACGGGUCCAACACUACUCUCUCCUCCACCGGCUCGAGCGAUGUUCCGUCGUCAGACUCUCGGCACAACUAACGCGAGGGGAACCCCCCUUCCCGUCCCGCACCCGAACCCGUCCCUGGACCCUCCACCGCCCCCGUCGCCCCCCUUCCCACCUCCGA